AUGUCUCGCCGAGACGAUGAUCUGGCAUAUGGCGACUACCAUGGGCAGGAGGGCGACGAGGGAGAUCGCGGCCUCAUAGGUGACAUGGGUCGGCGUUUUGGCUUUGGCAGAAAAGAGAACAACCAACCCGCUUCUUCAUCCUCAAACCAGGGCAGCGGCGGUAUGUCGUUCUUCAAGAAGAUCCACGACCCUCUCCACGGCUUCGUUUCCGACCUCAAGGAUGCCAUAUCCGGCGAUGAUAACGCGCAGAAGCCCCCGCCGGGCACAUAUCAACAGCAGGGCCAACAGGGCGGGCAGCCACAACCUGGGCAAGAGUACCAUCAACAACACCGCUUCUUGAGCUUCGCGCCUGAACGACAUGGCAACGAGACCAAGUGGUAUGUUGACGGGUGCAGCUACAUGUACGCCGUCUCCAUAGCUUUGGAGCGCGCUAAAGAGUCGAUCUGGAUCCUCGACUGGUGGCUCUCUCCCGAGCUGUAUCUUCGCCGACCGCCCGCCAAGAACCAACAGUACCGGGUCGACCGAUUGCUGCAUGCGGCAGCAGAACGCGGCGUCAAGGUCAACAUCAUCGUGUACAAGGAGGUCACGCAAGCUCUGACUCGUAAGUUUUUGAAUCCAACAUUACCAGACUAUCUUCAUUCUCUUUUACCGAGUUCGACGGAUAGUUUCACCAAAGGCCUCACGCGGGUCGGCCUAGAUGUUAUAUUCAAAAGUCUUGAAGAGUGGGAAAAGACAGAUCCGCUGAUUGCCCCUCCUAUUACAGUCUCCUCAGCUCAUACCAAACACCACUUGGAAGAUCUUCACCCCAACAUUGGUGUCUUCCGACACCCCGACCAUUUGCCAGAUGCGGCGGUACUACAGUCUUCGUUCUUCGCGUCGAUGAAGAACAUGUCCUUCACCCCAGCAAAGCUCGCCCAGCUGCCCGGAGACGGCCUAAAGGCGAUUUACGGUGCCCACGAGGGUACCGUCAUGUACUGGGCUCAUCACGAAAAGCUUUGCCUGAUUGACGGUCACAUCGCAUUCAUGGGAGGAUUGGAUCUUUGCUACGGUCGUUGGGACACUAACCAGCACGCAAUUGCUGACGCGCAUCCCGGCAACAUCGACCGAAUCGUGUUCCCAGGUCAAGACUUCAACAACGCUCGUAUGCUAGACUUCCAAGACGUGACCCACUGGGAGAACAACAAACUCGACAGGACCCAAAGCUCUCGCAUGGGAUGGUCUGAUGUAGCGCUGUGUCUCUCCGGUCCUGUAGUACAGGAUCUUCGUACUCACUUUGCCCAACGUUGGAACUUCAUCUAUGACGAGAAGUAUUCUCACAAAUCUUCCAGAUACACCAGGUUACCGGAUACAGGCAGCGGAGCUCAACAGGCACCUUCGAUGCAACAGCGAGGAUUCGAAGGCGAAGAAGAGGGUGAACGCGGAUUUGGUCGCGAAGAGGAGGGCGAACGAGGACUGUUCGGACACGGUGCUGGUGGGCAUCUUCGCCAAAAGAUGCAGAGUAAAUUUGAGCAGUAUGGUGGCCAAGAGCAUGGACAAUACGGUCAACAACAGUCGCACGCAGAACAAAGCUCUCAGAGGGGUGGGGUGGACUGCCAGAUUGCCCGCAGUUCUGCCAAAUGGAGCCACAACCUUGUCACUACUGAGCAUUCCAUCCAAAAUGCUUACUGUGAGAUCAUCAAAAACAGCAAGCACUUCAUCUACAUCGAGAACCAGUUCUUCAUCACCGCCACUGGCGAUCAACAGAAGCCGAUCAAGAACAAGAUCGGUGCGGCCAUGGUUGAACGCAUCGUUCGUGCUGCGCGAAAUGGCGAGAAGUACAAGAUGAUCGUCAUGAUUCCUGCAGUGCCUGCCUUUGCUGGAGACUUGAAGCUAGACGAGGCAUUGGGCACUCGAGCCAUCAUGGAGUUCCAGUACGACUCCAUCAACCGUGGCGGUCACUCCAUCUAUGAAGAGAUCGCUAGGGCUGGAUUCAACCCGAUGGAUUACAUCCGCUUCUACAACCUCCGCAGUUACGAUCGCAUCAACUCCAGCUCGGUCAUGAAGGAGGCAGAGCAGCGUAGUGGUGUCUCUUACAACCAAGCUCAAGAGGGUUACGAUGCAGCACACGACAACGCACGUGGCUACGAAGCCUAUCGUCCACCACCCACCCAGGAGUAUGGAGUAUAUGAGAUGGAUGGUUCCGGUCGUCCUCCCUCUGGUCACCAGCAGUAUGAUGGUGGCCCACAGAGUCAGGGCAGACCCGAUGACUACGACCGCUACCAGCAGGAAGCUGUCAAGAUCGGUGGUCGACAAGGUCUUGGCGAUGGGCGCUGGGACACCGUCAGCGAGUGCUACAUGCUUGGGGGAGAGGACAUCCGCCGUGUACCUUGGGAGGGCUCUGCUGAAAAUGAGAUGGACGCCUUCGUAUCUGAGGAGCUAUACAUUCACAGCAAGCUUCUCAUUGCCGACGACCAAAUCGUCAUCUGCGGUUCAGCUAACCUCAACGACCGCUCCCAGCUCGGCGACCACGACUCCGAGAUUGCAAUCAUCAUCCAAGACCCCAAGACCGUCGAUUCAUACAUGGACGGCCGUCCCUACCGCGCAUCUGAGUUCGCAGCCAGUCUCCGCAGAGAGCUUUUCAGGAAGCACCUCGGUCUGCUCAAGCCCCAGGAUAUGGAACGCCCAGACGCUAACUACCAGCCCAUCGGCGUCCCCAACCAAUACGACUGGGGCUCCCCCGAAGACCUCCAAGUCGCUGACCCCCUUUCCGACGAUUUCCAGGCCCUAUGGACCUGGCGCGCCCACACCAACACGCAAGCCUUCGGCAAAAUCUUCCACCCCGUCCCCAGCGACGAAGUCAAGAACUGGAAGCAAUAUGACGAGUACUACUCGCGCUUCUUCGGCCAGGACCAAAAGGCCAAGGAGAACAAGAAGCCGAGCUUGUACAAGUGGGGUCAUGUUGUUGCGGAGAACUUCCCCCAGGGCGAGCAGGGUGUCCGGGAGGUUAAGGAGGUGCUGAGUACAAUUAAGGGGAAUCUGGUGGAGAUGCCGUUGCUUUUCUUGAAGGAAGAGGAUAUUGCGCAGGAGGGAAUGGGGUUGAAUGCGCUUACUGAGGAGCUUUACACUUAG